AUGGUACUCUGUUCUACACUAACCCCUUCUUCUUCCCUUCUCACCGCUUCAAAUUCAACCAUUCCUCGCCACACCUCCUUCUCUCGCUCUCCUCACCUCCCCCUCCGACGCUCUUCUCGUCCCAUCUCCAACAUUUUCAAUGCCUCUCGCCGUUUCAACCAACAUCUCUCUCUUCAGGCCCAAGCCCAAGCCCAACCCCGCACACUCUUCCCCGGCGGUUAUAAGAGACCCGAACUCAAAGUCCCCACACUAAUCCUCCAGGUCAACCCCGACGAGAUUCUGACACGUGGCGAAACCGCCUUAGACUUGAUCGACAAAGCAGUUUCAAAAUCGGUUGGUAUAGUAAUUCUCGCCAGUAACGAACAAACCGGUGGCAAACUCUACGAAGCCGCUUGCGUGUUGAAAUCACUCGUUCGUGACCGCGCGUAUCUGUUAGUCGCCGAGCGUGUCGAUAUCGCCGCAGCUGCCGCCACCAGUGGUGUUUUACUCUCCGACAAAGGUCUUCCUACUGUUGUUGCUAGAAAUACAAUGUUAGGUUCCAAUACUGACCUGGUGCUUCUUCCAUUGGUGGCUAGAUUUGUUCAAACUCUAGAUGCUGCCGUGAAUGCUUCUAAAUCUGAAGGUGCUGAUUUUCUUAUAUACGGUGGUGGUGAUUUGAAAGGUUUAAAUCAGGAAAUUGGUGAUGUAGUUGAGAAUGUGAAGAUACCUAUCUUUGCGUCCUUUGUGGGGGAAAAUUUAUCGUAUGCUGAGGCUUUGAGUUUGCUUGCUUCUGGUGCUAGUGGUUUUGUUAUUAGUUUGGAGAGUUUUGGGUUGUUUGAUGAUGAUUUUCUUUGUAAAUUGUUGGAUGGUGGAAUUGCAAAUGACGAGAGAAUACUGGAGAAAAUUGAUGAUGGUAAAUUAGUUAAUAAAAGUAAUGGUUUGCAGAGCAAAAGGGAGGUUGUUGGUGGAUUUGUUAAACUGGAGGAUAGGGAGAAACGGUUAAUUGAGAUGGAGAGGGUGUUGUUGAAUGAAGCUAUUGAAGUUAUAAAGAAAGCUGCACCUCUGAUGGAGGAAGUUUCGCUUCUCGUUGAUGCAGUUUCUCAGAUUGAUGAGCCGUUCUUAUUGGUUAUAGUGGGGGAAUUCAACUCUGGUAAAUCUACUGUGAUUAAUGCGCUUCUUGGAGAAAGAUAUCUCAAAGAGGGGGUUGUUCCAACAACGAAUGAGAUCACAUUUUUACGGUUUAAUGAGCUAGAUAUUGAAAAACAACGUUGUGAAAGGUUUCCAGAUGGUCAAUGUAUUUGCUACCUUCCUGCUCCAAUUCUCAGAGAAAUGACAAUUGUUGAUACACCUGGAACUAAUGUAAUUCUUCAGAGACAGCAGCGUCUUACAGAGGAAUUUGUGCCUCGUGCAGACUUGCUUCUUUUUGUUAUUUCAGCUGAUCGUCCUUUAACUGGAAGUGAGGUUGCUUUUCUUCGAUAUUCACAGCAAUGGAAGAAAAAGGUGGUCUUUGUUUUGAAUAAAGCUGACAUAUAUCAGAAUAAUCAUGAGCUUGAGGAAGCAUUGUCCUUCAUUAAGGACAACAUAAAGAGGUUGCUGAAUACAGAAGAUGUGAUAUUAUAUCCUGUAUCUGCUCGAUCUGCUCUUGAAGCAAAACUUAUGGCUACCUCUAGUUUUGAGAAACAUAAUGAAGAAUUGCCAGUCUCUGGUUCUCACUAUGGUCCCAGCAGCUUUCAUGAGCUUGAGAAAUUCUUAUACAGCUUUUUAGAUGGGUCAACAAUUGCAGGAAUGGAUAGAAUGCGGCUAAAACUUGAAACACCUGUCGGAAUUGCCAAUAGACUAAUUUCUGCAUGUGAAACUCUUGUGACACAAGACUAUCGAAGUGCCAAGCAGGAUUUGAUUGCAAUAAAUGGUGUUGUCAAUAGUGUAAAUGAUUUUGCAUUGAAUAUGGAAAUUGAGAGCCUUUCUUGGAGGAGACAAACCCUAUCUAUGAUCGAAUUCACUAAAUCACGCGUUGUGGAGCUUGUAGAAGCUACAAUGCAAUUGUCAAAUCUUGAUACCAUUGCAUCAUAUGUUUUCAAAGGAGAGAAACGUACAAUGCCUGCCACCUCAAGAAUUCAGAAUGACAUCAUUGAUCCUUCUGUGUCAUCUGUUCAGAAAAUACUUGCAGAAUAUGAAGAUUGGUUAUGCUCCAAAAAUACCGAACAAGGGAGACUAUGCAAGGAAUCUUUUGAGAAACGUUGGUCCUCGUUGAUUCAUGAAAAUAGUCAGAUGUCUUUUGAGACGUAUGAAUUGCUAAAGAAAAGGGAUCAAGCAGGCUACCGGGUGAUUGAAAAUUUCAGCAGCAGUGCAGUUUCAAAGUCAUUUGAGCAAGAAGUUCGUGAGAUGAUUUUAGGGACUUUUGGUCAACUUGGAGUGGCUGGUUUUUCUGCUUCACUAUUGACAUCUGUACUGCAAACCACUCUGGAAGAUCUUCUUGCUCUUGGAAUUUGUUCUCUUGGCGGGUACAUAGCUAUUUCGAAUUUCCCAUCUCGAAGGCAGAGUGUGAUAGAUAAAGUGAAAAAGAAAGCAGAUACCUUGGCAUAUGAACUUGAAGAAGCCAUGAAGAGAGAUUUGACUGAAGCCAUAGAAAAUUUGGAUACCAAUGUGAGAGUCAUUGGCAAACCUUACCAAGAUCAGGCACAGAAUAGACUAAACAAGCUUGUUGAGAUUCAAGAAGAAAUAUCAAAUAUUGAAAAGAAACUUAGAACACUACAAGUUGAGAUCCAAAAUCUUCACGUGUCAUGA